AGGUCGGCCACCAAACCAACCAGCCCCAGCGCGGCCGCCCGGCCGGGCACAGCGGGCAGGCCAAGCCAAAGCCUCCCCCAGUCCACGCACCGGAACCGCCGUGCCGUGGUGCCCCCGUCCGGCCGCCCGCGCACUAGCGUAAAGAAACCGCGCCCCGCACGCAUUCCCGCGAACCUUCCGAGCACUUUCCCCUCCGCCUCCCCCACCAGCCACAGCCAGCCCGGCGGAUCCGUGCGUCUCCAUCUCCGCCUCCGCCAGCAGCAGAUGCCGCGGCCGAUCUGACGCGGCCGAUCCCCGGCGAUGAGGCCUCGCCGAGGCCGGGUCCUCUUCCCGGACUCGGACUCGGGCCCGGGCGACGGGGACUGCUACGAGGGGUACGGCUGCGCGCCGCCACCGACGGUUCCCAGCACCCCCUCCACCGGCCCGGCCUCUUCCCCGGCGCCGGCGUCCUCUCCGACCCCAGCGUGCCCCCCGCUCGCCUCCCCGCCGUCGCCUUCUCCCGCGCACAGCGGCCGGAGGAACCAGGGAGGAGGGAUGCAGGGGUACGGGCCCCCGCCGCCCGGCUUCGGUGGCGGCGGCGGCGGCGACCACCGGUGGCACUACGUCAGGUACGUGCUCAUCGCCGCGGGGGUCAUCGCCUUUGUCUCGCUCAUCCUGCUCGGGGUCUCGGUCGCCGUGCGGCGCCGCCAGGUGCGGCGGCGGCGGCGGCAGGCGCUCCUCGCGCAUGCCACCGCCCCGCCGCCGCCGGGGAACGGCGGCGGCGGGGGCGGGGUGGUGCACCACGUCUGGUACAUCCGGACCGUGGGGCUGGACGAGGCGGCGAUCAACUCCAUCGCCGUGACGCCGUACCGCGCCGGGGCGGGGCUCCUGGGCGCGGCCGACUGCUCCGUCUGCCUCGGCGAGUUCCACGACGGCGAGCUCGUGCGCCUGCUGCCCAAGUGCGGCCACGCGUUCCACGUCCCCUGCAUCGACACCUGGCUCCGCGCGCACGUCAACUGCCCGCUCUGCCGCUCCGACGUGCUCGACCCCGCCGUCACGGCGGGAGAGGAGACCGGCUCCAACCCCCCAGCUGAUCCGGAUGCGAACGCCAACGUCCAAGCCGAGCAACGAGCGGCUGCUGCGAGCGACGCAAUACCGGAUCACGAAGAGGAGAGCAGCGGCCAAGGGGCAGCAGCUUCACCCGCGCAGGAGGACCAGCAAGAACAGCCCAGCUCGCCGGAGCCGCCGCCGCCGCCUCAGCAGCAGCUGUUCCGUCCUCCGCCGCCUCGCAACGUGCGGCGCGCGGCGUCCAUGGACGCGGCCAUAGCGUCAGCCGCGGCAGAGGCAGACCCCGCGGCACUGGAGCGUUUGCCGGCGGCAGCUCCUGAAGAGGAGCAGAUCGGCGCCAGGCGGAAGCGGUGCUGCGCGAAGGCAUCGGGUUCCGGCCAUCGGAGCAACCUGAGCACCGACAGGCCGGCUGCCGGCGGCGUCCCCAGGUCCUUCUUCUCUCUGCAUUCGCGUGCUCGGAGCUCGGUGCUGCCGCUGUGAGCCACGGCGCGGACAUCCCCGAGCUAAAUUUUUGCUCGCUGCUAAUAAUGUUGCUCCUGUCGUUGAUCCGUGGCGCGAUCUGUAUUAUACUUGUAAAACUUACGAUCUCGAAACCGAGGUUACGAGUGAAAGCCCAACACGGUGAAUGGAAGUUUGCAAUCGAGAGAUUGUCCCUAGCCAUAAUACUGCACAGCUCUGUUCUUCUCGGCAGACUGCAGUAUGGAUUCAGGAAUCGUCUUUGGGUCGUUGGUGAUGAUCCGAUUCUUGUCUUGUUCUCCUUCCAGCGAAAUUAAAUAUAAAGAGGUUAAACCCUAAACAAGUAUAAAUGUUUGCGAC